UGUGGCUGAGUUCUGUACAUGGCCCGGUGCUGGAAGGGCAGGGAACACCCGAUGUUGCUACUUUGAAUAGAUUUUUCUUUCCCCCCCAUUUUUAUUUUUGCACAGAGAGUCUCAUGUCUAAUAUUUAGACAUGAUGAGCUUUGUGCAAAAAGUAACUUUGCUCAUUCUUGCCGUGUUUCAACCCUCAGUUAUUUUGGCACAACAAGACGUCACUACAGAAACAUGUACCCAUCUUGGCCAGGUUUAUGCUGACAGGGACGUUUGGAAACCUGAGCCAUGCCAGAUCUGUGUGUGUGAUUCUGGAUCCGUUCUCUGUGAUGACAUCAUCUGUGACGAUCAAGAGUUAGACUGCCCCAACCCAGAGAUUCCCUUUGGAGAAUGUUGUCCGGUUUGUCCACAAACAACAACAGAAGCUCCUAGAACUACUCCAUCAAUUGUUCGAGGUCCCAAGGGAGAUCCUGGUUCUCCUGGUACUCCUGGCAGAAAUGGUGCCCCUGGCCCUCCUGGACAUCCAGGGAGUCCUGGAGCUCCUGGUCCCCCAGGGAUCUGCCAGUCAUGUCCCAGUGUAAAUGGAGGUAGUUUUUCUCCACAGUAUGAUUCCUAUGAUGUGAAGGCCGGUUCAGCUGGUAUUGGUUACCCUCAGCCCAUUAGUGGUUUUCCAGGACCCCCUGGCCCCAGUGGUCCUCCUGGUCCCCCUGGUCAUGCAGGUCCACCUGGUGCUAAUGGAUACCAAGGCUCCCCUGGAGAACCAGGACAACCUGGCCCUACUGGACCUCCAGGCCCUCCUGGACUGAUAGGCCCAUCUGGUCCACCAGGAAAAGAUGGAGAACCAGGAAGACCAGGUAGAAAUGGAGACAGAGGAAUUCCUGGAUUGCCGGGCCAUAAAGGACACCCUGGAAUGCCUGGGAUGCCUGGAAUGAAGGGUCAAAGAGGUUUUGAUGGAAAAGAUGGUGCAAAAGGUGACACCGGUGCUCCUGGUCCAAAGGGUGAAACUGGUCUUCCUGGCGCAAAUGGAUCACCAGGCCAACCGGGGCCAAGAGGUCCAUCUGGUGAAAGAGGAAGACCUGGGAAUCCUGGGGGACCUGGUGCUCAUGGCAAAGAUGGUGCUCCAGGAGCAGCUGGCCCACCUGGUCCCGCGGGUCCCCCUGGAACUGCAGGAUUUCCAGGCUCUCCAGGUUUUAAGGGUGAAGCUGGUCCUCCUGGUCCUGCAGGUGCUAGUGGUGCUCCUGGAGAGAGAGGAGAACCUGGUCCCCAAGGUCAUGCUGGGCCACCUGGGCCUCAGGGUCCUCCUGGACGAGCUGGAAGCCCUGGCAACAAAGGUGAAAUGGGACCUUCUGGUAUUCCUGGUGCUCCUGGCUUGCCUGGAGGUCGUGGUCUUCCUGGUCCUCCAGGUACAAGUGGAAAUCCUGGAGCAAAAGGCACUCCGGGAGAACCUGGUAAGAACGGUGCAAAAGGAGAUCCUGGACCAAAAGGAGAGCGUGGAGAAAAUGGCACCCCAGGUGCUCCUGGACCCCCCGGUGAAGAAGGCAAAAGGGGUGCAAAUGGUGAACCCGGGCAGAACGGCGUACCUGGUACACCUGGAGAAAGGGGCUCCCCUGGUUUCCGUGGCUUACCAGGCAGCAAUGGACUUCCAGGUGAAAAGGGUCCUGCAGGUGAACGUGGUAGCCCAGGACCUCCUGGCCCAAGUGGAACUCCAGGAGAGCGUGGACAAGACGGAGGCCCAGGUCUUCCAGGAAUGAGAGGUUUGCCUGGAAUUCCAGGAAGCCCCGGAAGUGAUGGGAAACCUGGCCCUCCAGGUUCACAGGGAGACUCUGGCCGUGCUGGUCCACCUGGCCCAGCAGGUCCACGUGGUCAGCCAGGYGUAAUGGGUUUCCCAGGUCCUAAGGGGAAUGAGGGUGCACCAGGUAAGAAUGGAGAAAGAGGCCCUGGUGGACCACCAGGAGCACCUGGUCCUGCUGGGAAGAAUGGUGAUGUUGGACUGCCAGGUCCUCCUGGACCUCCUGGUGCGUCUGGGGAGAGAGGAGAACCAGGACCCUCAGGUUCACCUGGCCUCCAGGGAUUACCUGGUGGACCAGGACCAGCUGGAGAGAAUGGAAAGCCUGGAGAGCCAGGGCCAAAAGGUGAAAUUGGAGGACCUGGAUUCCCAGGCCCUAAGGGUGAAAACGGUAUUCCAGGAGAACGCGGUGCACAGGGGCCUCCAGGACCUCCUGGAGCAAGAGGUGGGCCAGGUCCUGCUGGCUCAGAAGGUGCCAAGGGUCCCCCUGGACCUCCUGGAGCUCCUGGAGGCACAGGACUCCCUGGCCUACAAGGAAUGCCAGGAGAAAGGGGAGCUUCUGGAAGUCCUGGACCAAAAGGGGACAAGGGAGAACCUGGUGGCAAAGGGGCUGAUGGCCUUCCUGGUGCAAGAGGAGAGAGAGGUAAUGUAGGGCCCAUCGGCCCUCCUGGUCCUGCUGGUCCACCUGGAGACAAGGGAGAGACUGGCCCAGCAGGCGCCCCAGGUCCAGUGGGUGCCCGUGGUGGUCCUGGUGAGCGAGGAGAACAAGGUCUCCCAGGACCUGCUGGCUUCCCMGGAGCUCCUGGCCAAAAUGGAGAACCUGGUGGGAAAGGAGAAAGAGGCCCAACUGGUCUAAGAGGAGAGGCUGGACCUCCUGGAGCUGCAGGUCCCCAAGGUGGUCCUGGUGCACCAGGCCCACCUGGUCCUCAAGGCACGAAAGGAGAACGUGGAUCUCCUGGAGGACCUGGUGCUGCUGGUUUCCCUGGUGCUCGAGGUCUGCCUGGUCCCCCUGGUAACAAUGGUAAUCCAGGUCCACCUGGCAAUGCAGGACCUGCAGGUAAGGAUGGGCCUCCUGGACCCCCUGGCAGUUCUGGUUCUCCUGGCAGUCCUGGACCUGCUGGAAUAAGAGGCGAGCCUGGUGCCCCAGGAGAAAAAGGCCCACCAGGUGCACGAGGAGAAAGGGGAGCACCAGGUGAACCAGGUCCUCAAGGCAUCGUCGGUGGACGUGGUAACACAGGUUUACCAGGCCUGCGUGGCCCAGCUGGUCCAGCGGGUAUGGCAGGUGCAAAGGGUGAAGAUGGUAAACCAGGCGUCAAUGGUGUCCCAGGAGAACGUGGUGCUCCCGGACCACAGGGUCCUAUGGGACAAAGAGGUCUACCUGGAGAACCUGGUAGAGAUGGUAAUCCUGGCUCAGAAGGCUCACCUGGACGUGAUGGAUCCCCAGGAACCAAAGGUGACCGUGGUGAAAAUGGCUCUCCUGGUCCUCCCGGGCCUCCUGGUCACCCUGGGCCUGCAGGUAACAACGGUGCACCUGGAAAAGCUGGCGAAAGAGGAUUUCAGGGUCCACCUGGCCCUCCUGGCUCUGCUGGUCCUGCUGGUGCUCGUGGUCCUGCUGGUCCCCAAGGUCCUCGUGGUGAUAAAGGCGAAACUGGUGAACGAGGUAGCAAUGGCAUAAAGGGACACAGAGGAUUUCCUGGUACCCCUGGCCUCCCCGGUCCUCCUGGACCUCUGGGUCCACAAGGUGCAAUUGGAAGUCCAGGAGCUUCAGGUGCAAGGGGUCCCCCAGGACCAGCUGGCCCCCCUGGAAAAGAUGGUACAAGUGGUUACCCAGGUCCUAUUGGUCCUCCUGGCCCGCGUGGUAACAGAGGUGAAAGUGGCCCUGCGGGUCCACCAGGCCAACCUGGUCUCCCUGGUCCUUCUGGUCCUCCUGGUCCAUGUUGUGGUGGUGGUGUAGCUGCCCUUGGUGCUGGUGAAAAAGGUCCAGUGGGCUAUGGGUAUGAAUAUCGAGAUGAGCCAAGAGAAAAUGAGAUCAACAUGGCUGACAUCAUGUCUUCAAUGAAAUCACUUAACAAUCAGAUUGAAAACAUAAUUAGUCCUGAUGGGUCACGGAAGAACCCAGCUCGUAACUGCAGAGAUCUGAAAUUCUGCCAUCCUGAGCUCAAGAGCGGAGAGUAUUGGAUUGAUCCCAACCAAGGCUGCAAGAUGGAUGCUAUUAAAGUAUACUGUAAUAUGGAAACGGGUGAGACAUGCCUCAGUGCUAACCCCAGCACUGUGCCAAGGAAGAACUGGUGGACCACUUCAAGCAAUGAAAGGAAACAUGUUUGGUUUGGUGAAUCUAUGAAUGGAGGCUUCCAGUUCAGCUAUGGAGAUCCUGAGCUCCCAGAGGACGUCUCAGAAGUUCAGCUGGCAUUCCUCAGGAUACUCUCUAGCCGGGCCUCCCAGAACAUCACUUACCACUGCAGGAACAGCAUUGCCUACAUGGAUCAAGCCAGUGGAAACGUCAAAAAGGCCCUGAAAUUAAUGAGCUCUGUGGAAAGUGAGAUCAAGGCUGAAGGAAACAGCAAAUUCACAUAUGCUGUUCUGGAAGACGGCUGUACUAAACACACUGGUGAAUGGGGUAAAACAGUCUUUGAAUACAGAACACGCAAGACAAUGAGGUUGCCUGUGAUUGAUAUUGCACCCUUAGAUAUUGGUGGUCCUGAUCAGGAAUUUGGUGUGGACGUUGGCCCAGUCUGCUUCUUAUAAAUCAAAGAUCUUGCUCUUUCUGAUAUCCCAGCAAACAAAUUCACACUUCAACUGUGCUCCUUUGUUUUAACCUUGUCAGCUAGUACAGGUGACCAUCUGUAUCCCAGUUAUUUAUUAACAAAAUUUCUGGGGGAAAAAAUAAUUUGAUAUCGAGGGUUAUUUUUUUUUUUUUUUUUUUUUUUUUUUUUUGCUAUUACACAAAGUACAAUAAAAAAUGCUUUUGCUGUAUUUUUUUAACCAAAUUCCACCUUCAAAACAUGUCUCCGUGGUGCUAUAAUAAAACUUCAACACUCAAAACAACACUGUGUUCUAUUAGUUGAAUGUUAGCCAAUUUACAAGGCACUGAUUGCUCCCUGUACCAAAGUUUACCCUCUUUUCUAAGAUACAGUCCAUAUAGCUAGAAAGACUUCCCUGUUUCAACUACCUCAACAUGGACAGAAACUGGGAUGUGUCUGAUGAUUCACACCAAAAAAAAAAAAAAAACAAUCAAACAAAUCAGUCAAAACAAAUUGGACCUAUUGGUUAGUGGAAUCAUUCGGUACAAAAUUACAUAUUUCUGUACUAAUUAGCUGUGAAAAAGUACAGUGUAUUUUAAGAAUUUAAUACCUUAAUGUUAACAGUCACCAUAAUUUUAUUGUUGGAUUGUAUUCUGUUAUCAAAGGUGCUUCUCUACUUUCCUGUCAUUGCUGGUCAAGACCACUAAAAUUAGGGAAGUAUAAAAGAGUAACAUGAUGGUGCUAAAUAUAUUUUUCACUCCUAACUCUGCAAGUCAGGGUUAUUGACUUGCUUUAAAAAAUAAAGGAUUAACAGCAAUUAUAAAUGUCUCCUGUCAUAGCUUGUUAUUGGCAUGUCAUAUUUGAGAACUUUGUCCCUUCACUCUGUAAAAGUCAAUAAAGGUGCAAAAUUGUGAAAUUUUUUUGUCACGUUAACACAUUUGUAGUGUUGAAGGUUAACCAUCCUUGUAAGCUUUUAUAU